AUGUUAUCGCUUUCGGCUUAUAGGGACCUGAACGUGCUGACGCUUGUAGCGGACUCAGCAGCUCAGGAAAACCUUACACCCACACCAGUCGACCUGAAUAAGAUUCUCAUGCCGCUAGGAGAGACCUAUGCCGAUGUCCUCUGCGACGCAGAGAGGAGUGUUCUCAUAAGUGACGAAGCGUCCCAGAUCCCAGAACCGGCGUUGGCGGCGUUCGUGAACCUUUUGCCUAGGGUACAGCAGGUCUAUAUCGGCGACAUUCAUCAGCUCGAGCCGCACGCGAAGUGUCAUCACUGUUGGGCUGGAAAUCUUUUAUGGAAUACCAGAUCGACGACACAGGCAGUCGUAGCAUUUGAACUCUCAGAGCGUAUCUUCACCGCCUUCGCAGGCUUCAUGGCUUUACGUGGGUUUCCGCAGUUGGGGAGCAUUCGCGAAAAAAUCAACGGAAGUCUGUUUACCGUUCCCUCACAAUCCAAAGGGGAUACCGCUAUUGCUGUUGCCGCUCAAGACCUAGGUCCAUGGAAUGACGAGAAACAUCGUAUUCGUCGGGUUCGCAUCGAUCGGGGUGACACGCAGCGUCUCAAAGCUUAA